GCGUCACACAAAGCAGAGAGACCGCGUUGGGCCACGACGGAAAGGAGCCAUGUUGAGUCAGCUCCUAAAGCCAUAGUUUUUAUAACGAUACAGUAAAGCUACUCGUAAAAGUGGACUCAUAACUAAACUCAGACGAACCUUCAACCAUUCCAAAAAUGUCCGCGGAUGAUUUUCAGACAAAGUACUCUUCUGUCAUGGAGAGUAUGCUCAAGAGCGCAAUCGCUGAGACCACGAAACUUUUCGAAACUAUGGUCGACGAGCUGAAGGUAGAAAUAUCUGGGAUGAAGAAGGAGAACGAGGACCUCAAAUUAAGAUGUAGCCAAUUUGAGAGUGCGAGAAACCCACCUACUGUUCACACCGGAGGAAGUGAUUCUCGUCAAGGGCGUACCAACGACUCUGAGAAACGUGACCGAGCUGUUCAAUGCGACCUUGUUCCUAUCCGCACAAUAUUAGUGGAGCAAUGUCAACCACUGAGGCACUCAUCAUUGCAAAACCAAGAGCAACAGGGCAGUUGUGAGCAGAUGGAGCACAGUUUGCAGGACCACACCUAUGUAGAGGGAACUACUCAAAUGGCCUUCAUACUCGUCAAACAGGAGGACUCUUAUGAUGAUUCUUCUCAGCAGUCAGUCGUGAAGCAAGAGGAAGCUGAGGCCCUUGUCUGUGGGCUAGUAUUGAGUGAUAAAGCAGGUUCACCACAGGCCCCUGCUUGUGCAACUGAAUAUGAAGGGAUCCAGGGAAUGGAAAGCAGUUUACAAGGAGCCCAGAACCAAUUGUCUGAAUUGGAGCAUUCACAAGUCCUCUCACUCGCUGCAAUAAAUGACAACAUCGAAGAAGAGUCAGAAUUCAGUCAGAAGGGAGAACACCUAACAUCUGAAAAAAAACCAUUGGUAGUUGCUCAGCGUCAAUCAGAGGUGGAACCCCUUAAAAAAGAGCAACCAUUGGUAAAACCCCAACAAUGUCAAAAAGAGGGCAAAGUGUCAGUAAGUGAACAGGCUAAUGUUUCUCAGCAACAUUAUGUAGAUUUGAAAUCUACCAAACUACAGCUGUCACAUCCUACUCCACCCAAGAAAGGAGAAACAUGUGAAGCAUUAAAAAGUAGUGUGGCACAAAGUGAGGCUAGUCCCAAGCCAGAAAAACGUAGAAGAGGACGGCCACCAAAAAAAACUAAACGUCUGCAACAUUCAGGGAAAGAAAUUGGUUCUCUCGCUGUGUCAGAAGCCUCUUUAAGUAAAAUAUGUUCCUCUGAAAUGGAAAAGGCAUCUGAAUCUCAACCGUCUAUGGUAAUUGAAGAAGGGGCGAUUAGGGCUCCAUUUCCUGCUUCACCUGCAAAUGAAACAAUAAACACUCCAACUGUUCAACCCAGAGAACGCCGCACCUCUGUUACUCUACAGGAUGCUUUACUGUUAGUUGAAGCCAUGAAUCAGUCAAUAAUAAAAGGCAUAUUGACCUCUCCUCAACGAAUGGCAACAUCAACUCAAACCCAGUGUGCCCCCUGUGUGGGUACUUUAGAGACUGUGGAUGAGAUUCCAGCAGAGCCAGCACAAUUGACAACAGAGAAACUUAGUGUCACUUCUGUAACAUCAGAUGCCACUCCAACUAAUAUAGCUCAGGCCCACAUUAAGAUUGUCAUACCAAAACAACACCAUACAGUCAAGCCAUCCAAUACUAUGACAUCAUUAACUGAUGCAGUUAAAACAAGUGUACAGUCAAUGCAGCAGCACCUUUCCCGUCCUCUGAUAACGUUGGUAGCACCCAGUAAACCUGGUAUGGCGGUAUCGCAUAAACUAAUUGCCAUGCCAAGAUCAGAAUCCUCAUUAACACGCCAUAAAAUAGCAGCGCUGUCACCAACCCAGCUUCCUACUGUUGUGUCAACAGUUGUUGCUGCACAGAAAAAUAGACUUCCAGGCAUUACAACUGCAGGCAUGCCUCUCGGAAGUAAUUCCCUUUCCUCUGUUCCUCAGAAAACUACACGCAUUACGUCCGGGAAAUCAAUUCCUGUGGUCCCUUCGCAGUCGACCACCUCUUCUGACCUGCAGUCAGGGACUCUACCACAUCCAAAAAUAACUAUUAUAAUUCCAAGACAGGCAUCAAGUAAACCUCCGUCAAAGACAAUUGUUCUGACAACCAAGCAAGGGUCCACCGAAUCUGCUGCUGCUAUAGUAUCAUUGCCGCAGUUGAUUACAUCGCAGGAGUUAAGCAUUUCUGUGGAUACACAAACAGUUUUAGAUGAAGUAGCAGCAAUAUCCUCUCAAAAGAGGUAUAAAACAUUGUCCAACUUAGAUUUUCCCAAACAAACUGCUUCUGAACUGGUAAAUGCAUCUAUAGAAACCUGUUCUAGUUCAAACAUGUCAGUUGGGCUAGUGCCAUCCUCGGUGUCUCCAAUGGUACGACCGACUGCUGUGGUCAGAUUAACCAGGCUCCCAUUUCCUGUAUCGCCCAAAGAAGCAGUCUUCGUCUCAAGACUGCCUACAAUUGGAUCUCCUAAAAGUCGAUCCAUUUUGAAAGAAGAUGCCACACAAGAGAAACCAUCAUCUGUGGUCAUAUCGACACCGGUAUCAGAGACCCUGAUUUUGGAAGAAAGCUCACCUGACAGCGGGCCAUCUACACCAUCCCAGUUGUCAGCACCAGUCGUUGAGAACUCGACAAUAGCCAUCAACAAGACUGAACCACCAGCUGGAAAUGGUACAGCGGGUGAACCUACUUCUAAUUCUGAUGAGGAAAUAAUAAGCAUUGCAGUGCAAGAUUGUCCAUCACCCCAUGACCCACCAAUGGAAGAGAAAGAAUCAGCUGGCCUCAUACAACUAAUUCCCAUCACCACCAAGGACGCAUCUGAUCCUCAUUUGCAGAUGACCAAAGCGCAGUUUCUGGCGCAGCUGGCAGUGACACCUGUACCGCAAGACCCAACAAAGGUCUCCUCUGAAAACUCAGUAGAUGCAACAACUGCAGAGACCAGCACCAGUGAAAAGAAAAGGUUACAGAAAGAAUCCCUUGUGGCCCAACUCCGAAGUCAUCUCAAAACUCGCCUGCAAGCUAGAAGAACGAAAACAAAUUCAGAAUCAUGCACAGUAGCAGAGACCCUCACUGUAAACCCUAAAAAAAGUAGACCUCAGAAUGAAAGUCCUGAGAAAAGAGAACCUAUUCCCAUCAGUCCAAAAGACCCAGGAGUAGUUGAAGAUGUUACCUUUCCAAUGAAGACCACUAAAUCCCCCACUCCUGUUAGUCCUAGGAGGUCUGGACUACGUGGAGCCGAUGUUAGCCCGAAGAAGACUGUUAAUGAACCGUCUUUCAUCAUUUCUAGGAGGUUUAAGGCUACUAGAAAAUCCGCUCCUGUGACUCCCAAGAGAUCUAGUUCAGGUGCACAUGGUGUAGCCUCAAAAACAAAAAAAUCCACUUCUGUGAGUCGUAGGGGGUCUACAGCAAUGGAAGAACGUGCUAGACCUAAAAAGAUCAAAUCCACUUCUGUGAGUCCGAGUAGGUCUAACUCGAUUAUAGAAAGCGUAAGCCCUAAAAAGACAAAAUCCACUUCUGUGAGUCCUAGGAGGUCUAGCUCAAUUAAAGAAAGCACUACCCCUAAAAAGACAAAAUCCACUUCUGUGAGUCCCAGGAGGUCUACCUCUAAAAAUACCAGAAACAUUUCUGUGCGUCCUAGGUGGAUUAGUUCAACUAGAGAUGGUGCAAGCCCUAAACGUACUAAAGCUACUUCUCUGAGCCCUCAAAGAACUAGUUUGAGUACAGAUGGUGUUAUUCCUAAAAAAGCAAAAUCUAUUGUUGGUCAAGAGACAUCAAAUUUAAGUAAAAAGGGUACUAGCCCCAAAGUGUCAAUUGAUAAAUCAAUGUUCUGCCGUAGGAGGUGCACCUUACCUAAAGAUGGUUCGAGCAGUAAACAGAAUAAAAGAGAAUCCAAUUUCCUCAGUCCUAGGUAUAGCAUAACUGCAGACAGUGCUUGUACAAAUAACUCUAAGAUUGAAACGGGUUCCCCAAAUGUUAGGUGGCCUGAAUUGGCUAAAGAUGGUCUCAGUCCUAGAAAGACAAAUGAGUCCACUCCUGCGAAGAAACCCAGAUUAAUUCAAGAUGGUACUGGUCCAAAACAGAAAUUAAUAGUGGGGGAUGCUAAGAGGUUGGCUAAAGCAGCAAAAGCCAAAACGAUAGCUAAAAUGAAAAAUGGAGCAAAAACAGGCCAGUUGGCAGAAAGCCGUGCUAGCUGUGAGGCUGUGAGAAAAUGUACAGCUAAAGCUGUGUGGACUCCUCCUAGACUGCCUGCCAGGAAAACACCUCCGACAGGGAGACAGAAAGAGCUGUUAUCACCAUUAUUGCCGGAUCAUACAUUAGUAUUUCCCCCCAGUGUUUCUCUCCUUCCCAUACCUGUCAAAGCUCCACCUGUUGUAUCACCGUUACAGCCUUUAUCAGUCAUUGGGAGACGGCUGCUUAAAAACCAGUGUGGUGAAUGCGGCCGUGUCCUCAGCAGCCUUGCGGCCCUGGAAAGCCACGUUAGUCUCCACGCAGGUCGGCGACCUUUCUCUUGCACGCUCUGUGGAAAGAGGUUCCCAGACUCAAAAGGUCUUAAACGGCAUGGUAGGGUGCACCGCAAUGGUAGAAUCCAUAUCUGUCAGCAGUGCGGGAAGGGCUUUGUCUACCGUUUUGGCCUCACCAAACACCUCCAGAUGGUACACAGGAAACUUAAACCUUUUAUCUGCCAAAUUUGCCACGGGGCAUACUUCACAAAACGAGAUAUGGAAGCCCAUAUACGAAUGCACACUGGAGAGAAACCAUUCCAUUGCAACCUAUGUGAAAAAAAAUUUGCACGGCGGGUAGAACUAAAUGUGCAUUUGAGGUGGCAUAAUGGGGAGAAGCGACACUGGUGCCCAUUCUGUGGGAAAGGAUUUCUAGAUUUCAAUAACCUGAAAAGGCACAAGUAUAUCCACACAGGGGAGAAACCACAUUCCUGCGCCCACUGUCCCAAGAGCUUCACGCAGUCAGGCCACCUGAAAAAGCAUGUAAAAAAUGUACAUAAAGUACUAUGAAAGAUGGAUAUCCAAGAUGCCACCCUGUUCUAGUGAGAACUCCAAUGUAUUUGGGAAGGGAGAUAUAUAUAGUCUUGUAAUGUGAGAAUGCUUCUUGCGAAAUGGAUCUGACAAGUUUUAUUUUUAUGAUUAAAUGCUUUUGUGAAACAAAUGCAAAUGGAUAAUAUUUUUUUUUCCUCAUGUGUCCCAUCUGAGAUUUUUUGUUUUGUGUUUUAUGAAGGACAUACAAUGUUUUUACGUUUAGCGUUUUUGUUUUCUUUUCCAGAUUUGAUUGCGAAGAACAGUAUCAAUGUCACGCUUGCGUGUAUGCCACUAGAACAAGGCGGAGAUUGGCUCAGCGUAAAGACUGGAUGCAGAACCUUCCAAAGCUUUGUUUUUAAAUUGUAAAAGGCAUACAGAUGCAACAAAAUGCCUUUUUCAUCCAGCUCAAUAUUUGAUGAACAGCUGUAAGAGUGCUAUCUCUCAGCAAGUUAACAAAUAAGCAUAUUUAGUAAUGCAUUUCGACUAAUAAUUUCUAGUUUGUCGAUUUUGACCAAGGAAUAUCCCAGGAUUUUGUUACGUAACCUCAAGUAGCCUUUAUGAUGUUCUUCAAACAUCUGUUUUGGAAAUGGGUUAUAGUGCAAACAUUGGCAUUUAGAACUGCCACAUUUUUUACUAUCAUAACUUUUCUUCCAUUGGUAUAUCAAAGAUAACCUACAACUUUAGAAUAACCCCAGUGGAUAUGUUUAAAUAUCUUGCUGUUGUGAGUAUCACUUUAAAUUGUUUUCAUCAUUCAUUGAUUUAUGUAUUACUACUACUACCAAACUUUAAAUGGUAGCAUACACCCAAUUAGCAAAAAGGUUUUGAUCAGUUCCGUUACCAAUUUUCACAUUAAUGUGACAUUCUGACAGCUGGAAAAUAAAGUCAAUGCAUAAAAAGUA